GUUUGGUCACCUAUCAUAACUACACGUGCGCCGUUGUGAUGCAGAAUUAGGUAGUUUAAUGAGGGGACAGUCGCAAUUGGUGAUUUUGGUAAGCUUGCUGGGAGUGAGACAUAACGAGCUUCGCCCCUCCGCGCGGCGCCCAUUCAGCGUGGAGUAGUCGCGCGCCGGCCGCAGCGACGCACGCGCGCGCCCUCUCAGCCUGCCGCUCGCCUGGAUGGACCUUAUAAUUUCAAAUGACCGGUUCGGAACACGAACGCUCGCGAUCCACCUGUGCUCACGCAGUGUUUAACCACAAGUGAUUUCUCUAAUUGGUGCUUUUGAGUGAGUGACGCCGGGAAUGUCCCAGAAGUCGAGCUGGACAAGUUUACAAUGGCCCAAAUUGCAUUAAAUGGGUGCAACAACAAGCCAGACGACAAACAAUGAAAACAUAUAAAAAAAUAAUGAACACAUUCACAGUGACGUGAUAAAAAUUUAUCAGCAAAAUGAAAAACAGUGAGGAGUGUUUAGACUAACAAUAUUGACAAUAUGCUGAAACCGUGUGAUAUUUAUUAAUCUAAUUUAAAGUUUUAGUUAGUGUGCUCUUUUAAAGUGACUUAUAUUGUAAAUAUAUAACAAAAGUGAUAGAAGAUAAAGGACAGUAACAGCCUGCAGGCAAACGACAUUCGGACUCAGAGCCCGCAGUCGAAACAUACGGCGACGGCGGCCAUCGCAGGCAUGGGAAUCAAAGUCAUGAUGAAAGCUUUCAAUAAGCCAAAAGACAUCCCGUCGCAGGUGCCGCCACUGACGCCUGGCACCAACAAGAAAAUGGCCGAGGCGCUGAAGGCCACCUUCGCCUCCUGGGAGAAGGAACAGCUGCGCCUCGGCGUACCCAAAGAUCCUCGACAAUGGAGCGAAGUUGCCGUCACUGCGUGGUUGCGUUGGGCCGCGCGCGAGUUCUCUCUGGAAGGCGUGGCGCUGCAGCAGUUUGCUCGCGCGCAGGGCAAGGAUAUCUGUGCUAUGGGCCGCGACGAGUUCGUCGCCAGGGCACCCGCCUUCAUGGGCGACAUACUCUGGGAACACCUCGAGAUUUUACAAAAAGAUGUUGAAAAAGAACGGUCGCUGCUCGCCAACGUGCCGCCCAAUAUGUAUGAGAGCAACGUGUGCCUCCCCGAGCUGCCAGACUACAUCCCUCCGCCAGCUCACCACUACAAUAACAACAACAACACUGGUGGUUAUACAACAGGCGGACCGCGUGAAACGAACGCGUACGGAUACACGGAACCCAGCAGUGGCGGUGCAGCGACAGCACCCGCGACAGCACCGGCGCCCGCGGCGACUUCGCCCCUCGACGAGUACUACCAGCCGGAGUACCCGCCCGCGCCCCCCGCUGCUACUGCGCAGCCGUACCUCGACGACUACUACCACCACGCGCACACGCAUACGCAGCCGCUGCUCACACACGAGCCCAAGUACCAGCCACACGCGUAUUCGAAACCAUAUCCUAGAGGUGGCGGCGGCAGGUACGCGGGCGAAGGCUACGGUGAGAGCUACGCGCCGGAAUACGUCGGCGCGUGCGCAGACUGGAGCGAGUGGCCCAACGAGCAACACGCCCUCAUACCACAGGACAAGCUCGCCUACCCCGCCUCUGGGCCCUGCUUCACUGGUUCAGGACCCAUCCAGUUGUGGCAGUUCCUGCUGGAGUUGCUCACCGACAAAAGCUGCCAAGGGUUCAUAUCCUGGACAGGCGAUGGUUGGGAAUUCAAACUAACAGAUCCGGACGAGGUGGCAAGACGUUGGGGCAUCCGUAAGAAUAAACCGAAAAUGAACUACGAAAAACUGUCUCGUGGCCUGCGCUACUACUACGACAAGAACAUAAUACACAAGACGGCCGGCAAACGCUAUGUGUACCGCUUCGUCUGCGACUUACAAAGUCUGCUGGGAAUAUCACCGGAGCAAUUACAUGCAAUGUAUGAACCCAAAAUGGAGAAGAAAGACGACGACUGAAAAUGGUCUUGCGAUCGCCGCUCGCUUCACGUCCCAACGCGAUCACUCACUCCCUCUCAAUAUUGGCUGAAUUCCUCGGCGAACUAGAUAGUACUUUUAAAUUUACAUAAUACCUACAGAUGUCUAAACUAUAUAUUAAUUCUCGCUAAAUAACUGAACAUUUCUAUUCAUUAUAUUGUAAAUCAAGAGUCGUUAACUGAGUGCUAACAUCGUGACUGUAAACCUUGCUUUUUAUAUCUAAUAUAUCUAUGUACCAAUAAUAAGGGCAAUUAAAAUGGUCGUAUUAAAAUGUCGGAUUUGAUCUCAUACACAGCCACCAGUGGAAUUAUAUUAUUAUACUUAUACUAAAUGUAACCAUAUUGAAGGUUCUAACAUUGAUUAUUACCAAAACAUAACCAACGGUGCCUUACUAUAUCACAAAAAAAUCUUAUUAUUUUCGAGGUUAUAAUAACGAAACGUUACAAUUCCGUAAAUUUUCGGAGAAAAAGUAUUAUAGAAACAUUAUGUUUAUUCAUCAAUUUUGACCGAAAUAUAGUCAAUUAUUUAGUAUUUUUAAAUCAAUCUCCGAAAAUUAUAUGAAAACAACAUAUUGGAAAGGAAAACGUAAAAAUCUUAGUGCUAAAAUAGUAAAAUUUUACUAUAAUUUUAACGAUAAUUGUAAAUAUAAGUUAAUUUUGUUACUUUAUCAAAAUAAUUAGGUAUUAUAUUAUAUUUAGCUGUUAAGUGUUGUAUGUUUGAUUCGCAAUAAGCGAUUAAAUUAAAACAUAGUCAGUAUAAGGACAGACAUAAAAACUUUUUUAUUUAAUCCAGAAAAUUAAGUCCAAAGAUUUAUAAAUCUAAAUUCCCACCAAUUGGUAAGAGUUUUAUAAAAUUACCAAAGGGUACCCCCUGUUUAGUUUGGAAAACGUAACAUUUAACCUUUCGAAAUGCAAUGCAAUCGGAUAUACAUAGUUAAGGUAACAUAAACAAUUCGGAAUAUUUAUAGCUAAAACUUCAGUUCAGAUUUUAUUAAUUUGGAACUCUAUAAUAUCACUGACUAAAAUAUAGACAUUCUUCUUACAUAGACAAUAUGCAAAUGAAUUAAUUAUGGACACCGGGUGACAUCUUCAAGUCGCUGAUCUCGUGGUAAGGGAUUGUAUGUCUUACUAGUUACGAAAUUAAAUUAGUUGUAUUAUUUUCAAUUUUUAUAGCUCCUAGCAUACACCGAAGAUAUUUCGAUAAGUUUUAUUUCGUAAAGUUUCUCCUCCAUCAAUAUUAUACUUCCAUUACCCUGUCUAGUGCAAUGCAGUUGGGAUAUUUAUAAAUUCGGUACUUUGUUAACGGUGCUCUACUCAUUAUUUAAAUUAAAUUUAAAGAAAUGUCUUCCCUGUUUGAUUUUCCUCAACUUUAUCAGUACAUGUCGGUUCCAUAAAUAGGAAUAUAGCAUUCCGACUGGAAUGUUUGUGUAAAAAGCUCAUUAUUACAUUGUAUUCUUACAGUAAUAGCGCACGUUAACGGUGAGCGACGCCAUUAUAAAGUGAGAGAAAGUUAUAUGUAAUUAUGGCCAAAUUUUUGAAUGUUUAAGUGUCGUUGUAUGUAUUGAUGGAAGAUAUAAAUUUAAAUAUAUAUAUUUACGAAAUUA